AUGGGGCCAGAGGGUGGUUUCUUAGGCAGUGGACAGGUCCACAUCAUCCUGUGGGGAAGUUUGGCAGCUGUGACAACACUCUUGUUCCUCACCUUCCUCAUCUUCCUCUGUUCCAGCUGCAACAGGGAGAAGAAGGCCAAACAUCAGAAUGGAGAUCAUGAAAAUCUGAUGAAUGUGCCUUCUGACAAGGAGGUGUUCAGCCACUCCCUCACAAGUUCAGCUACAGAGCCCCCUCCAAGCAGUGAGCAGAACGGGGCCCUCAGCAACGGCGAGGUACUCUCAGAGGACAGUACAACUGCCUGCAUCCAACCUUAUGAAGAAGUACAGACGUCUGUCUCUGAUCUGCUAGAUCAACAGGAUAGUCUUGGGAAGUCUAUAAAAUGUCACCAGAGUCGGGAACUACCCAGUAUUCCCCCUAACACCACCAUGGAAACCAUCAUCUCAGCCAGAAAUGCAGAAAAUUAUCAAGGUCUUGGAAUGGAAGGGCCUUACGAAGUCUUGAAAGACAGCUCCUCUCAGGAGAACAUAGUUGAAGACUGCUUGUAUGAAACUGUGAAGGAAAUAAAAGAUGUUGGAGCAGUAGCCAGCAUGGAAGGGAGCUGUAACAGCAAAUCAAAGGCAUCAGUGGCUGUUUCUGAAGGUCAGAAUCAGAUUCCUGAGUGCAGAGUUGAAUCAGCAGAAUAUGCAUCUGUUGACCGGAAUAAAAAAAGUCGCCAAAGUGCUAAUUCAGAAAGCCCUCUUGACAACACACCAGAUGUAGAGGAUGAGCUUCCCCCUCCAGUACCCAUGAAACUUCUUGAUGAAAAUGAGAAUGUGCAAGAAAAGGAAGCACAAGAAGAAGUGACAGAAGGAGCAAGUAAACCAGAGAAGAGGCUUAGUUCAGUAUCUUACAAGUCUCGAGAGGAAGAUCCAUCUCUUACAGAAGAUGAGAUCUCAGCCAUGUACUCAUCGGUGAGUAAGCCGGGACAGGCCAUCAAGGCACUGGAUUCUCCUUACACCUGUAUUCAAGAAAUUGCAUCUCAGAGGUCCCCAUCAAUUUGCAGUGGCCUCUAUGCAAGUGUGAAGGACUUUGAAAACACCCUAAAUACGACCACUGUGCCUCAAUCAGCAGACAGACCAAAUGGGGAGCUGGAGCCUGACUAUGAAGCUAUCCAGUCAGUGAGCCAAGAAGAAGACAGGACCUUGUCUGUGCCUAACACCAACCAUGCUGCUCUUUCAGGAGAGAAUGACUAUGAGAGCAUAGGGGAUUUGCAGCACCACAGGGAUUUCACCAGACUUUAACUACUCCAGCAGGCAGAUUUAUCCGCUGGUAUUUUCCAAGGAACACGUGAAACAUGGAGAGGGAAGGGCUU